AUGGCGACGCAGCAGCAAACCACCUCGCUCAAGGCGAUGAAGGCCGAUGAAGUGGCCAAGCACAACAAGGAAGGCGAUCUCUGGGUCAUCGUCGAUUCGAUCGUCUAUGACCUGAGCAAGUUUGGGGCUAUGCACCCCGGUGGACUGGGUGUCUUGCUCGAUGCCGAGGUGGCGGGGCAGGACGCCACCACUGUUUUCUAUGGCUUGCACCGCUCCGAGAUCCUCCAGAAGCCUCAGUACCAGCGUCUCAAGAUUGGUCAGAUCGAAGGCCAGAGCCCCAAGAUCCAAGUCAUGCGUCCUGGAGAUAUCUCCAAGGUACCCUACGGCGAGCCCACCUGGCUCACGCCCGAAUUCAAAUCGCCAUACUACUCGCCCUCGCACCGCGCCCUCCAAAAGUCCAUGCGGACCUUUAUCGACGAGGUCAUCACGCCCGACGCGCAGGCAUGCGAGGAGAGCGGCAAACGCGCGUCCAAGGAGGUCUUGAGUGCGAUGGCCAAGAAUGGGAUGAAUCGGAUGCGGCUCGGUCCGGGAAAGCAUCUGCAUGGCAAGGAGUUGAUGGGUGGGGUGGUCAAGGGGGAGGAGUUUGACUACUUCCACGAACUUAUGAUCAACCAGGAGCUCGCGCGGAUAGGUGCGAGGGGAUAUGGUGACGGUCUCAACUCGGGAAUGGUCAUUGGUCUUCCGCCUAUCCUCAACUUCGCCAAGGAGCCGUUGCGGUCCAAGGUGCUCGAGGAGGUGUUCAGUGGGGAGAAGUCGAUUUGUCUCGCCAUCUCUGAGGCAUUCGCUGGAUCUGAUGUCUCGGGUGUCAGGACCACCGCGACCAAGAAUGCGGAUGGCAAGACCUGGACCAUCAACGGGACCAAGAAGUGGAUCACGGGCGGUAUGCACUCGGACUACUUUACCGUCGGCUGCAAGACCGACGGCGGCCUCACCGUCUUCCUUGUCCCCCGUAUCGAAGGCGUCGAGACCAAGCCCAUCAAGACUUCGUACUCGCCUUCCGCUGGAACAGCUUACAUUACCUUUGACAAUGUCAAGGUACCGGCUGAGAACAUGCUUGGUCCCGAGGAUGGGGGCUUGCUCGUCAUCUUGUCCAACUUCAACCACGAGCGUUGGGUCAUGUGCUGCGCGUCCGCCCGGUCUUCCAGGAUGGUCGUGGAGGAAUGCCUCAAGUGGGCUUCUCAGCGAUACGUCUUUGGCAAGCCUCUCCUCGCUCAAGCAGUCAUCAGGCAGAAGUUUGCCCACAUGAUUGCCAAGGUCGAGGCAACGCAGGCAUGGCUCGAGAACAUCACCUACCAGAUGAACAACAUGUCAUACAAGGAACAGUCCAAGAACCUUGCUGGACAGAUUGCGUUCCUCAAGAUGCAGUCUACGCGCUUCGCGGGCGAGAUUGCGGAUGACGCGGUCAACAUCUUUGGUGGUCGUGGUCUUACCAAGACUGGUAUGGGGAAGCAGAUUGAGCAGUUCCAGAGGACACAGAAGUUUGAUGCGAUUCUCGGUGGUGCGGAGGAGGUAUUGGGUGACCUUGGUGUCAGGCAGGCGAUGAGGAAGAUGCCCGAAGGUGUCCGCCUGUAA